AUGGCUCCUACUUCUGCCUAUUACUUUCACACUGGUGAGGCUGCUGCUCUAGGUGCUAGCGAGGCUGCUGCUCUAGGUGCUCGUGCGUCUACUCCCUCAGGUGCUGGUGAGUCUGCUCUCUCAGGUACUGCGUCGGCUUCGGCCUCCCACACCUUCACCCUUGACUCGGGGGCUUCUUGCUCCUUCUUUCGAGACCGCACCAUACUCACGCCGCUUGGCCGGCCAGUUGCAGUCUCUCUGGCAGACCCCUCCAGGGGUCCUGUCCUUGCUCACUUCUCCACCGUCCUCCCGUGUCCGGCGGCCCCCUCUGGCACCCUGUCUGGCCUUUACUUCCCCUCGUUCUCUACGAACUUGGUGAGUGGUGCGGACCUACAGGAUGCGGGGGUUCACCAGUUCACUCCUGCGAGUCAGCGGGUAGCUGCGUCGGGUCAGGUGUUUGCUGCAGCGUCCAGGUCUGGUCCUGAGUCUGCCCCCUGCUCGUGUCGCCUCCUGUCUCACGAGACUCUCCUCUGGCACCACCGUCUUGGUCACCCCUCCCUGCUUCAUCUCCGAGGCAUGGCCUCUCGUGUCCUUGUCUCUGGUCUUCCCCGGUCCCUCCCUCCCCUUCCUCCGGGGCCUGGCCCUACCUGCGUCCCCUGUGUCGAGGGGUGGCAGCGGGCUGCCCCUCACUCCUCCCAGUUUCCUCUGACAAAGGCCCCGCUGCAGACGCUUCACAUGGACGUGUGGGGCCUGGCCCGCGUCCGUGGACAGGGUCACGAGCGCUACUUCCUGCUGGUGGUUGACGACUACCCGCGUUACACCACAGUCUUCCCCUUGCGCAGCAAGGGUGAUGACACUGAGACCUUCACGCUUCCGGACUCUCCACAGCAAAAUGGGAUUGCUGAGCGCCGCAUUGGCAUGGUCAUGGACGUCGCCAGUACGUCCAUGAUGCAUGCGGCUGCCCCCCAUUUUCUAUGGCCGUUUGCGGUUCGGUACGCGGCGCAUCAGAUCAUCCUUCACCCCAGGGUCUCCAUGCCGGAGACCUCCCCAGCUUUGCUGUGGACGGGGAAGGUUGGCGAUGCGUCUGCGUUCCGUGUCUGGGGAUCUCGGGCGUUUGUCCGCGACUUGUCUGCGGACAAGCUAUCCCCUCGUGCUGCUCCUUGCGUCUUCCUUGGCUUCCCCCCUGAUGCGCCAGGGUGGCAGUUCUACCACCCCACCUCUCGCCGUGUUCUGUCCUCCCAGGACGUCACGUUUGACGAGUCGGUCCCCUACUACCGCCUCUUCCCCUACCGCACUCCGUCCCUCCCCCCGUCACCGCUCUUCCUUGUGCCAGGUCCCCCCCCGGUAGACCCCCUCCCCCCUCAGGGUCCUGCCCCUUCAGGUGUGUCCCAGGUAGACGCAGUCGAGCCUGUCGAGGUUACUGGUGACUCUGGUGCUGCUGAGGGUGCUGAGCCUGGGGGUGCUGACUCUGGAGGUGCUGAGCGUGUGGGUGCUACGCCUGGGGGUGCUGAGCCUGAGGGUGCUACUACUGGGGGUGCUGAGCCUGGGGGUGCUGAGCUUGGGGGUGCUACCACUGAGGGUGCUGAGCCUGGGGGUGCUGAGCCUGGGGGUGCUAUGCCUGGGGGUGCUGAGCCUGGGGGUGCUAUGCCUGGAGGUGCUGAGCCUGGGGGUGCGGAGCCUGAGGGAGCUGGGCCUGCUCGUGUGGCGUCUGGCAGUGCUGGGCAUGGAGGUUCUCCGGGUGCUUCGUCUCGGCGGGAGCCACUCUCUCCACAGGAGCUGCGCGAGUGGUUUGCCCGGCGCUGGAGGCGUGCUGCUGGAGCUAGAGGUUCUUCGGCUGCUGAGGGUGCUGGUGCCGCGGGUCCCGCAGGUGCUCGUACUGGGAGUACUGGAGCUGCUGGGCCUGCGGGUAAGACUGGAGCUGGAGCUGCUGAGGGUGUUGGCGCUGAGGCUACUGCUGUCGGUCCUGGAGGAGGUCCUGCUGGGGGUGCUACUGGUGCUGCUGGAGGUACUGGAGCUCGAGGUGCUGCUGGCGCUGGUGCUGCCGCUGGGGGUACUGGUGCUGUCCUUGCUCUUGUCCCGUCACAGUUACAGUUACAGCCGGCCUCCCCACUGCCUGCUCCUUCUCCCUACACUGGUCCUACUGGAGGUCUUUCUGAGCGUCGUGAGCUUGCGUCUCGCCCUGAGUUGCCUGUCCGUGCUGCUCGCACUAGUGGUCGCGGUUCGCGUCAGCGUCCUCCUCCUGUCCCUGGCAUGCACCGGAUGUCUCUGCGUCCGUCCACUGCUCCUCUGCGUGCCCCUUUGCCUUCUCCUCAUGAGUCUUCUCUUCCUGCUCUUGCCGACCCGGAGUCGGAAUCUCUUCGUGCUGCCAGUCCUACUGUCACGCGUCUCCUUGCUACUGUCGUCACUGAGUCCACUGCUGCGUCUGCCCUAGUUGCUGAGCUCGUCGACUUUGCUGCUCGCUGUCGUCUAGACUACGCUGCUAGUCUUGUCGCUGAGUCUGAGUCUGUCUGUCCUCCGUCCGUCGGGGGUGAGUGUGCUCUUGGCACGGACGUCCUUGAGGACAGGCAAGAGGAGUUCCAGUCUAUGGAUGCAGAGAUGGCUUCCUGGAAGUCCAGAGGCACCUACGUUGACGCGGUUCCCCCACCUGGGGCGAACAUCGUCAGUGGCAUGUGGAUCUUCAGGGUGAAGCGGCCGCCAGGUUCUCCACCUGUCUUUAAGGCGCGGUACGUAGCUCAUGGCUUCAGUCAGCGGCAGGGAGUUGACUACUUUCAGACCUUCUCUCCCACCCCGAAGAUGACCACUCUUCGGGUGCUGCUGCACAUAGCCGCUCAGCGCGACUACGAGCUUCACUCUCUUGACUUCAGCACAGCUUUCCUGCAGGGCAGCCUGCACGAGGAGAUCUGGCUGCGCCGCCCACCUGGCUUCACUGGGUCGUUCCCUCCUGGUACCCAGUGGAGCCUCCGGCGGCAAGUCUACGGUCUCCGCCAGGCACCGCGUGAGUGGCACGACACACUGACGACUACACUUGCGGCUCUUGGGUUUGCUCCCUCCACUGCCAACCCGUCGCUGUUUCUGCGCACCGACACUUCUCUGCCGCCGUUCUACAUCCUCGUGUACGUCGACGACUUGGUCUUUGCCACAGCUGACACUGCUGGACUCGCCCACGUGAAGUCCGAGCUGCAGAAGAGACACACGUGCACAGACCUGGGUGAACUGCGCAGCUACCUUGGCUUGCAGAUCACCCGGGACAGAGCACGCCGCACCAUUACCCUGACUCAGUCACACAUGGUGUAG